AUGGUAUUUAAAUCAUUUAAAAGCAAAGUCAAUAUAAGAAGGCUCAGUCAAAGUUAUACAUCGACUCCAAAUGCUGCGCCUUUUUUAAAUCAUCAUGGUGCUGCAACCGAUGUGUUUUUCUUCAAUUCAAAUCAACAUUUGAAUGAUAAUAAUCACGACAAUAAUGAUAGUCAAUCGAAUAAUAAAAAUGAUAGCAAUACGUAUAAUGGCAACGAUAAUUUGAAAUAUUCGAACAGAAAUUCAAAAAAUUCAGGUAAAAAUUAUAACAUAAAUAAUUCAUCAAAGUUUAUUGUACCAUUAUUACUUACUUCAACAGCAACAACAACAAAUAAUAACUCUGCCACGACAACUGCUGCAACCGCUACUCCAAGAAGAAACUCUCAUUUAACUUCUCAAAAUACAACUGUUGCAGUUGCAUCUCCUUCUUCAAUAAAAUCAACUGAUUUCCCACAAAAUAAGCAUAUGAAGUAUUUGAGACAAACUAAUUUAGUUGUCAAGAGAAGGCAAAAAUAUUUAUUAUCUUCAAAUCUGAAAAAUAACAUUUUAAGAUUUCAUAAUAAUAAUUAUACAACAAUACCAACAACAAACACUUUGAUCGGGAAUAGCAUAAUAAAUUAUAACAAUUUAAAUGGUCAAUUCUCUUUAAAAGAUUAUAAAAAAAAUCAACAUUAUAAGAAAAAAGCUUUCUACUCAACGAAGACAAACUAUUCAAAUGAUAAUAUAUCAAAUGAUGAAUUAUUCAAAAACAAUAACAACAAUAACAUAACCAAUGAUGUCGAUAACAAUGGGAAACAUCCUUUACAAGAAAAUCAUGAUAAUGAACAAAAUAUUGAAGAUAAUUGGCCUUGGGAGGAAAACGAAUCUUACUUAAAUAAAGAAACUUUCUUAGAUUCACAUUCACAAAAAAUUAAAGAAAACUUCAAUAAUGAAAAUUAUGAAAUUAUUUUACCUUUAUACCAAUCAAUUAAAAGGAACGACUGCAUCCCUUCUCUGGAGACAUAUUAUCAAAUUAUAUUUUCAAUCAUUAAUAGAAAAUUCGAUUCAAAUGAUAUAAAUUAUAAAAUGUACCAAAUUUUAUCCAUUUAUGAAGAUAUUAUUAUUAAACAUAAAAUGAAACCAACCGAAGAUAUUUAUAAUUUAAUUUUACAAAGUUUAUUCACAUCUUCAAUAAAAUUGAAAAACACCAAAAAUGGUCUAGAUUUUUAUAGAAUUGCCAUCGAAAUUUUUUUACAGAUUCAUUCAAAAUAUAAUUUAUCAAAUGAUUUAGUAAUUAAAAAUUUAUUAAUUGCAACUAAUUGUUAUCCAAAUGUUGAUUCAAAAUUAAUGAAUACAGAAAAAUUAAUUAAUACCAUUAAUUCAAUUCCAACUUUUUCAAUCGAACAAAAUUAUAAAUUUUAUUAUAAUUCCCUAAUAAACUAUUCAAUCCUGAAAAAUGAUUUAUAUUCAUUUAAUAAAUUAUCAACUGAUUAUGAAUUAUUGAUUGAAGAUUUUACAACAAAAAGAAAUAAUAAUUUAAUAACCGAUGAUUAUCAAAUUUGGUCUUUAAUCAUCUUAGGUAAUAUAUUAAUAAAAGGCGAUAUAAAUUAUGCCACGCAAAUUUUUGAAACAAAAUUAAAUGAAAUUUCAUCUUUAACAAGCAAUAAAAAUGAAAUCUUUCAAUUAGUUAAAAAUUUUAUUUUAUCUGUUUCAAUUGUUAAUCCAAAUCAUGGUUAUGAAUUAUUAUCAACUUUUAAAUCAAAUAUAAGUUGGUUUCCUGAUUUUGAUUACUACUUUUACUUACGUUUAUUGAAUUAUUCUCUAAAAGAUUGGGAUCUAACUAAAAAAUAUUAUAAUUCCCUAUAUGCAUUACCACUUCCAGAAAAGGUGGAAAAGAGUGAUAUCUUCAACGAUAACUACAUCUUUGAUAAUAAAACUUUAUUAUCAGACGAUAUGGAUAUUAAUGAAAACUGUAUUCAUGACUUCUUAAUUGCACAAGCCUUUCAAUGUAGUGAUUCUGAAAUGAUUCAAAAUUUAAUUCAUGAAUCAAUUGUUAAGAAAUUCAAAUUUAAUGAUUUGAAAACUUAUGAAGUUGUCUUUGAAAUUUUCAAAGGCAAUAAAAAUAUUUAUUCAGAUGAUUUCAUCAAAAGUUUUAUUGAACUUCAUGGUGACUUAAUUAAAGAGGAAUACUUUAAAGAAAGAAAUCUUAUUUCAAAUGAUAUGGAACAUGAAGAAAUGUUCCAUACUCACAAUUUAACAAUAUUAGAUUCAUUCGUUAAUUUAAUUUUACAGAAAAAAAUUUAUGGCGAAACAAAUGAGACUUCAAUCUUUACUUCAAAGUUUUUCAAAAGUUAUUGCAACUUGUCAAAUAUCUUUAAUGUUUACACAUUAACUAACUUGAAAAUUUGCAUAAACCAUAUAAAUAAAGAUCUUCUAACAAACUCAUAUGACUAUAGUUCAAUCUUGGAUUUUUAUUCAAAGAUGAUCUUAAAGAUAAACAGGGUCGAUUUAUUGUUAAACAUUCAUGGUAAUUUAAAUGAAGGCAAUGGCAUUGAAAAUAAUAAAAAUUCAAAUGAUAUUUUAAAAAUAAACUUUGAUCCACUUUUAUUAAAUAGCUUCAAUGAAUUCAAAGUACAAGUUCAUGAUGAAUUUAAAGAAUUUAUGAAUAAAUAUAAGGAUUUGCAUUUUGAACCAUCACUUUUGUCAAGCUCUGUUUCACAAGCUAUUAAAUUAUUUGAUUUCUCAACUGAUAUUGAUCAUUAUUUUACUGGAAAUUUAGGUGACUGGGAUAAAAGUUAUCCUAUAUCAUUGGGUCCUGUGAUUAGAAAAUCCGAACACACAGGUAUUAGAGAAUUCAACCAGUUAUACAAAAAUGGCUAUAAAUUCGAUUUUGAAACUUAUAGAGCAUUGUUUUCUUCAAAAAAUUUAUCAACUUUCCUAACUAAGGAUAUGGUCAUCAAUGCUGUCAAAACUUGUAUGGCUGAACAUCAAGUUUUAGAAUUAAAAAAUCUAAUCAAAUUAAUGGUUCAUAAUUUAAAUUUAGACUCAAUUCGUAGUUUAAUUUUAAAAGAUAAAGAUAUUUUAAGUGAUAAUCUUAUUAACAAUUUAAAUAACACAUCAUUAAUGAAGCUAAUAAAAAGUCACACGGAGCAGCAAGAUUACCUCAACAACAAUAAUACCUCCAUGGAAGAGUUCAAUAAUUUUUUAACUGAUAUUAAAUUUCCUCAUAAUUUUGCUACAAUUAAAGCUCAAACAACUUUUUUCGAGUCCAUAUCGAUGAUUUACAUGACACUCUAUAAACAACAUCAAUUUGAUAAGAUAAUAGAAUUUAAUAAAGUUUCACCCGUUCAAAAUCUUUAUUUGCUGUUAUUUUCUUAUUUAAAAACAAAUGAUUUAUCAUCUUUCAAAGAAAAUUAUAGACUAUACAAAUCAAAACUGUCUGAAGAAGAUUCUGUCAUGCUAUUGGCUACAUACUACAAUUCACUUUCCAAAACUGAUGAAGCUAUUGAAACAAUCCAAAAUUUUGUGCAAAAAAAUAAUUUGGAGACAAUCCCUUCCAAAUUGAAUGAUAUUUACAGCAAUGCUUUAUUUAAUUUGAAAUUUAUUAAUCCAAGUAAAGCUGCAAAGUUGAUUCAAUCAGUUAAAAUCACCAAUGAAUACCAGCUAAGUAAUAUACUAUCGUAUUAUUCUAAUGAUUUUCCGAGUAUGAUGUUACAUUUUGAAAAUUUCAGAUCGAAACAUUUUAAUAUUUCCAAACAGAACGUUUUGGAAAUCAUUUUGCAAAGUUAUUGUUCGAUACUUUCAAAGUCAACUAAAUUGAGUAAAAAUUCAAAGGAUCUAAACCAUUUUGAUUUGUACAUUGAAAAUUAUUUCAAGUUUAAAUGCUAUCUAAUGGAUUCUCAUUUAACAACAAAUGAGAUUAAUAAGAUAAUUGACAUUUGGUAUCAUGUCAAACCGUCGGCCCUGUCUUCAUUAGUUAACAAUAUUAUGGAAUCCAUACAUUUGGACCCAGAAAGAAAUACCCUUUACAUUCUAAAUGAUUUUUCAUUCACUUUCAGACCAACAGAGUUGCGUUCUUUAAUCAAUCAAAUCAAGAUGUAUUAUGUAAAGGAACAGAAAAAUGGUGAACAAAAAUUACCUCUUCUUACCAAAAUUGAUAAUUCAUUGAAUUUCAUCAAUGAUACCUAUAAGCUAGAAGGAAUCGUAAUCUAA